AUGUAUUGCCAGGACCCCAACGUUUGUGCAGUGUUUGCUGUACAAGGAGGAAAAAUGGGAAGAAAGCAUGGCAUAAAAAGAAGGAGGAGACCCAGCAUGAGAAACCCAGCUCAGCAGGCCAGAGGACCCUGGAUCCAUGAGAGUAAGCAUCCAGCCUUCGCAAAGCAACAGAUAAACUUAGAGAUGCCCAACUCUGGAGUGACAACAGAGCGAGCCUGGGUGUGCAGCUCCACCUCAAGAAAAAAGAAUUGAGCUGGGUCCUUCACUUUUCCCACUGCUCUACUGAGCCCCGCACCAUCCUUGGUGCAGCACUGUGAAGAUUGUUCUUGCCUGCCUGGCUGCCAUUUAGGUGAUCUCUACAAUCUGGCCCCAGCAGAAAGAACUUGCUGGCAGCAUAUCAAUAGCAGAGAUGGAAGUGUGGUCAUAUGGUGUCCACAUCUAUUGAAGUAA